AUGGCAGCGCCCAACCCCAACCCCACCACCGCUCGUCCAACCCGACCGAUAUUGCGACAGACCCUUUCCAGCGCCUCUUUCAUCCAGGACCAUCAGCAGUACAAGCCUUCGGCCCCUAUCCCGACCAUCGGCAAUGUGAUUGGCAACUCCCCCGAGUCGGCAUUCGCUUCGCUGUCUCUCAAAGCUAAUCCUAUUAGCCCGGACCCCGAGAAAGUGACCGACAGCGGCAUCACUCACAGCAUCUUUAACCCGCAGACCAACAGUCUGCCCAGUGGAGCCCAGCAGCUGGUCGCAACCAUCUUCUACAAGUCCUCGGAUCCGAUCCAUCCCCAUCUGCACCCGGACUCGUCUCCCCAUGCUGGAUCGACGCUUCCUUCCCCCAUGGUGCCCGUGGGGUCCGCCCCGACGGUCGACAUGGAGAAGAUCCCCCGGGAGCCUCCCGCGCCGGAGCCGGAGCCGCUCGACCAUCUGUACGGCCCGUUUGUGUCACAGCUGUGUCUGACCAACUUCCUCCAAAUCAUCGAGUCCCUUCCAACCCCGUAUCAGCGCACCAAUACCUCGCACCGCUGCUUGGACCGCCACGACCAACCCCGCGUUAUCGAAGUCACAUUCUCGCCGCCUCCCAACCCAGAAUAUCUUACCUUCGAGGACCUUCGCAAGCAUGAGAGCAUAUGGCGGUUCGAGCGUGAAUGGAAUGUGGAGGUCGUUCUCCAGCGGGAGAGUAUCUUCCGCCGGCACAAGCGGUUGGUGGUGUUUGACAUGGACAGCACGCUAAUUCAGAAUGAAGUGAUUGAUGAGAUUGCCAAGUUUAUUGGCGUGGAGAAGGAGGUCUCGGAAAUCACGGCCCGUGCUAUGAAUGGCGAGUUGGACUUCUCCGCAUCUCUCCGGGAGCGGGUCAGUCUGCUGAAGGGCGUUCCCGCGGAUGUCUUCGAGAAACUGAAGUCCGUUAUCACCAUCUCUCCUGGUGCGCGCGAGCUGUGCAAGGCGUUGAAGACCCUUGGCUGCAAGAUGGCCGUCCUGAGUGGAGGCUUCCAGCCUCUCGCGGAGUGGUUGGCCGAACAGCUUGGUCUUGACUACGCCCAUGCCAAUCAUCUUGAGAUCGAUCCUACGACUCAGACCCUGACGGGCAAAUUGGUCCCCACCUACCCCAUCAUUGAUGCGAGCCAGAAGCGCACACUUCUCCACUCGAUCGCUGCGGAGCACGGUAUCCCUAUCACCCAGACUGUCGCUGUUGGUGAUGGCGCCAAUGACCUGCUCAUGCUACACGCCGCGGGAUUGGGAGUCGCCUGGCGGGCUAAGAGCAAGGUCCAGCUUGAGGCACCGACUCGGCUUAACGGGGACAGCCUUGUGGACAUCCUUUACCUUCUUGGUUUGACCAAGGAGGACAUUGGCGAGUUGCUUGCGUAG